GUCAGAGUUCAGCUCACACUAGCAUUAUCGACCUCCUUGCUCAUAUUUAUAACAAUGAUGACGACGCCCCAGCGGGAGGUAGCCUCAAUGAAAUGCCAAAUACCUGUGUCAAAAACUCUUCACACUAGAUACGCCCUGGCUCAUAUCAAAGCAAGGUUCUUGAAAGGGUAUCAUCCAUAUAAAAAGGCUGCAAAUCAAAGAAGAAUUAUCAUUCAAACAAUACCAUUCUAAGGUUAAGCAUCACUGUUCUAAAAAAUAUAUUUAGACAAUCGACAUGGCUGGCCUAAAGAUUGUUUCAACCCUUGCUUUACUGUCCGCGGUCUCAGCGGGUCACCUGGGUCACUUCCAACCUGCUGCCGGGUACACCGCAUUCGGCACUAAUGCCUACAGCAGUGCUGCUGUUGCUGCUUCGGCUUCGGCCUACCAGCAGAGCAGGACUUUUGGCGCCCACAUACCUAUAUUGAGUUACGAGAAUGUGAACAAUGGUGAUGGGAACUAUAGAUACAGCUACGAGACUGGCAACGGCAUCUCAGCUCAUGAGAGUGGAGCUCCCCGUGCGCCUGGACCCGAGGGUCUUGCGGUGACAGCUGAGGGAGGCUUCUCAUACCGCGCCCCCGACGGCCAGCAGGUGUCGCUCACGUACACCGCGGACGAGAACGGCUUCCACCCCACCGGCUCCCACAUCCCCACCCCACCUCCCAUCCCAGAAGCCAUACUCCGCUCUCUCCAGCUGAACAGGCAACAUCCUUCAUCGAACGACGGCUCAUACAACGGUCACUUCAACAACGGUUACCACUACUAAACUUCAUCAGUUGACGACAAAUAGUAUUACCUACCCUCGCGCGACUAUGGACCACGAAUUUCGGCAUUGUUUGAAUAAUUUUAAGAGCAUCACUAAUUUAUUUCAGUGCAUAAUGUUAUUUUUUAUAAGCUGUAAAUAAAGUAUUUAAAUAC